AUGAGGGCGGCUGUGCGUCGGGUGUCGGCCUUUGGCACGAUGGCCAGACGGCCCAUUGGCGUGCCAGGGACGAGGUUGUAUGCCAAUUCGCCGGUGGCGGGUCAGUCGCGCGUUGCUGGUGGUGUUUUGGCUGGGAGACAGGGCCAGGGCGCUUUGAUGUGUGGGCUCCCUGUAUCUAUGCAGGUGCGGCGAUUCGCGCAUUUUGAUGCCAUCCAGGAGGACAAACAGGAGACGAGGGACGAGCUGGAGAGGAUUGAGAUUAGAGAGAAGGACCGGCAACGGAGUACUGAGAGCGGAGAUGGGGAGCAGGACUCGCAGUCGAAGCUUGCGAAUGCAAUGUCGAAGGGGAAAUUGUUGACAACGCCGUCGAGACUCUUCAAGGUUCUGAUUCCGCUACCUACCGCUAGUCAUAAUAGUAAACAUGAUGACAUUGAGCCAAUAGCUAUCCUGAUACAUCCCCAGCAGCCAUUAUCCUACCUCGAACGUCUCAUUCAGGAUGAGAUCCCCCCGAUUUCGAUCGAUGGUGCGAAGCCAAGACCUCCUGCUGUCUCUUUUAUUGCACUCCAGAUGGACGACAACCCUGUCAAGCCUAAGAAAUCGAUGUAUGAGACGACCGAUACUGAAGUACACCGAUUGGGGGAAAUUGGGGCAGGACAUGAAGCUAGGCAACGAAGACGUCGGCCGGACGAGGAGGAUGACACAUACAGCUAUCUUCGACGUGGUGAACCCGGCAAGAGCAACAGGGAGGAACGCUUCGUCCGCUGGUCCCAGUCCACCGAGGUCGGCGACUUUGUCCGCGAUGCCUCCCGGGCUCGGGAGUUCAUCGUCAGUAUCGAGGGGGGUCCGGCGGGUCUGCGCCAGAUCCAUGUGACUGUCCCUUCGUUCGAUGAGCGAACACACUUCCUAAGAAUGCGGCUGCGGAGGAUCUCCGGCAGGAUUCAGAGCAUCGCGGAAAUCAAGCACGAGUGCGAUGCCUUGGCACAUCGAGGAGCGCAGCGCGUGGCCGUGGGAGGGUUCGGUAUUCUGGCCAUGUGGUGGUACCUCGUAUACAAACUUACAUUCGAGACGGAUCUGGGCUGGGAUACCAUGGAACCGGUCACGUAUCUGGCCAGUUUAUCAACUCUUAUGGGGGGCUACUUAUGGUUCCUCUACCAUAACCGCGAAAUAUCCUAUAAGUCAGCGCUUGACUUUACGAUUAACGCGCGACAGAAGAAGCUGUAUGAAAGGAAGGGCGUAGACCUCCAUGAGUGGGAGUCACUGAUCGAUGAAGGGAAUUUAUUGCGAAAGGAAAUCAAAACUAUUGCAGCAGAGUACGACGUUGUGUGGGAUGAAAAGAAAGACGAGCGAGAUGAACGCGUGACGGAAGCUUUGAGAAAGGAGCGAACGCAAAAGAACGGAUCGAAUCGAACGAAAGAAAGCGAAGACGAUGAUUAA